AUGGCGACGACUGGACCACCGCCAGGGCUCGGCCAUCGUGCGCCCGCAGCCUCAUCCCUGCCGCCGAACCCCUUCUCCAACUCCGCCCAAGCAAGCCCCGUCGAGGCAGCCGCCGAACAUGCCGCCCAGCCACCGGUCGCCGCAGCAACAUCCAACAGGCUCAGGCCGAGCAACUGCCCUCGCACCUACAGCCGAGCCACGCUGCUGGCCUACAGCACCAGCCCCCUCGUCUCGCAGCCACAGGGAAUGGCUCCCCUGCGAGACUGGUACGGCGAGUGGGAGCCCUACCAGCACAAGUCGACGCCCUACCAGUACCGUGACUCGCCUCGGCGCAACCUCGACGAGUCGGUCGCCUCGCCAUCACCGGCCCACGCCGACGCCGACCAGGGCGAAGGCGGCGCCGCGGCCCACAGCGGCGGCCUGAUUGGCGGUGCUCUGGGCGGCUUCGGGCCCAAGAGAGAAGGCGGCGCACGCUUCGGAAGGCGACAGGAGGACCGGGACAAGGGCGAGGGAGGUCUCCGCCUUGGAGCGCUGCCCUCUCGAAACUUUGCCCCCUCGGGCAAGAACCCCUUUGGCCAAAUCUCGGCGAGCGGCACAUUCCGUCCCGCAGGCAGCACGCCAGGGCUCGGCGGGCGCGAGCGGGAGCCGCGCGGGCCCCGGGACGGCGGGCCCGACAGUCCGUCCGAGUUUCGAAGGUUUCCGCUCUCGGAGCGCUCCACCUCGUUCGGCAAGGAACGCAACCGCGACCGAGAUGCGCCGCCCCACCUGGCCGGGUCUGGCGACGAGCGACCCCGGAGCGGGAUGCGGGACCGCGCUGGCGAGGGCGAGAGGACCGGCAACGGGCGCGACUUUGGAGGCCUCCGCGACGGCAGGAGGAGGCCGGGCGGCCUCGAGGGAGACGACGACCUCGACGAGGCCGGAGAGGCGAUCGAGUCUCCGAGGACCAGGAGGACGGGCGGCGCCGACCUCGCCUCGGACUGGAGGAAACCCAGCGACAAGGACCGCCUCGGCCUCUCGCGAUCGUCGGGCUAUGCCAAUGGCGCGGGCGAACGGCUCCGGGGCGAACGCUUCCCUCGAGAGCGAGGCGGCGGCGGCAAGGGCGUGCCGUCCUGGAUGGGCGACGGCGACGGCGCCGACUCGCCGGCCUGGAUGGACGAGGACACGAGCUCGCCGCUGGCGACGCCGUCCAAGGGCGCAGGCCUCGGCUCCUUUGGCCGGCGCAAGGAGGCCGACCCGGAGCUCUCGAGGUCCAAGGACGACCUCGGCGGCGCAGUCGACAGCAUCCAGGCGUUCAAGGCGCAGAUGAAGGAGCGCGAGCGGCUGGAGAGGGAACGGGCCCUCGGCACCGGCGCCACCGCUGCCAGGGGCGCCUCGGGCAUCAGGCUCGACGACAAGGGCUCUGGCGCGGCGUCGAGCCCGGCCGAUGCCCCGGCGGGCGGCCGGUCCAACGGAGACGCUGGCGCCGCCAGCAGCUCGUCUGUCGCCUCGGGCCCGCCUCCGGGCCUGUACGACACCAUGUCCAACAGCCAUGGAGGCGGACCUGCCGCUGGCGCGACCGAUGCGCCGCCCGGUCUUCCCGGCCGCUCGAGCCGGUUCGCGCGCUUCUUUGACGGCCGUCCGGGGAUGCGCGACCCGCAGGCUGCGGCGCUGGCGGCUCAGCAAAAGCUGCUCGAAUCGCGCGGCAACCUGAUCUCGGCCACGCCCAGCCUCGACCGGCCCAGCUCGGCCGCCGCCCACGACAAGCCGGCCGCGGCGGCGGCGACGGCGACGGCGACAACGGGCGAGACCAAACCUCCGCAGCCCAGCGCUGCAAACGACCAGAAGCCUUCCACGGGCAUCAACAUCGCCGACCUCUUCAAGCAGGCCUCUUCGGGCGAGGGCAGCGGCGACAAGCGCGCCGAGGGCCAGUCCAAGGCCAGCGAGGCCGACGUGCAGAGCAUGCAGAAGCUCAUGGCCAUGCUUCAGGCCGGCGGCGGAGGCGGGGGCGGCAGCGGCAGCGGCUCGCAGUCGGGUGGUCCGCGCUCGAGCGACGGUCGCGACGCGUCGACUCCCGUUCAUGCCCAGGGACCCCGUCCGGACUCGGUCAAUAGGAUGCGGGAGCUCCUCGGCGGCGGCGGUGUCGGCAACGGCGGUGGCAACGGAGAAGGCACUCCUGGCAGCCAUGGCGGUCAGCGGCCGGCGGCGUCGUUUUCCGACGACGACCGCAGCCAGAUGGCCUCGCCGGGCGUCACGAGCCCGCAGGCGCCCCACGGCUACGGCUUCCCACCCGGCUUCGGCGUCGCCUUGCAGCAGCAGCCUCACCAGCCACACGAGCAGGGCACCGAUCCUCGAGGCCACCAUUCGCGCGUCAUCAGCACGUCGAGCAAGUCGAACCAGCAGCGCUCCCAGUCACCGGCGAUUCAGGCAGUCGCCUCGCCCUACAACGACCACGCCGCCGUCCACCGACUGCAGCAGCAGCAGCAGCAGCAGCAAGGCCAGCAGGGCCAGGGCCAGGGGCAGCCGAUGCCUGGCUACCCGGGCGGCGUUCCCGCGGGACGUCCCAGCGAUCCCUCGAGCCUCGGACCGUACGGCUUCCCGAGCCCUGGGCCUGGCAACGUGUCGGGCGGCAGGCCACCGUUUGGCAUGGACCCGAGGAUGAUGUCGCGCCCGCCGAUGGGCGCGCCCGGUCUCGGAUCGACGGGGCCGGGCCAGCUGCCGCCGCACAUUGCCGCCGCGCUGGGCUUCGGCCGAGGACCUGUGCCCCCUCCCGGGCUGGCCAGCCCUCCUCCUCCACCGCCCGGCGGCAUGGGCGGACCGCGAGGAGCCCCGCCCAUGUCGGGGCAGUACCCCAACUUCCCACCUCCGUUUGGCGGCCGACCUCCGCCUCCGGGAAUGCCGCCGCAGCUGUACCAGCAGCUGAUGAGCCUGCCUCCGCACCUGCAGCAUCAGCUCCUCUCUGGCCAGGGCCUGCCCGGGCCCGGAGGACCUGGACCCAUGCCCGGACAGGCAGGCGGGCCCCGGUCGCCGUACGACAUGCCUCUGCAGCACCAGGGGCCGAUGCCGACGUCGCCCCAGCCCCAGCCCCAGCCCCAGCCGCACGGCCAGCAGCCGCAGCACCAGCACCCGGCGAGCAUGGGCAGCCCGCCGCCCCCCGGCAUCCCGCCCGUGGGCUCGCAGGCCAUGAACGGCGCGAACCUCAUGGCUCUUCUCAGCGGCGCCCACCGCGGGCCCGGGGGCAACUGA